AUUUUCCCUUGGUUCUUAAAUGUUAUUACUCCAAACUCUUGAGAAAGUUACAAACUGACACGUUUUUAAAACAUGUCGUCCGCCUACAGAGGGACAAUAUCGGUCCACUAAUACAGGACUAGUAAAGACCCAAUGCACUACUUUUAUGAAGAUAAAAUGAUAUAUAUAUAUAUUUUCAGAUUUGUCAGGCACUCCUACUUCCCGCGGCUUUACACUUUCUGAAAAUGGCUAGUUUGUAGAUAAUGAAUAAAUGUUGCUUUUCCUGUCCUGAAGGAAACAAUCCACCACAUUUGCCUGAAUUACAGAACGGUAUAUUGUAAAAAGAAAGGACACAGCCCAGCGAACUAACGCGCCAUUCCCGACACUUUGAAAACUCUUCAACUCUGCUAGCUUCUCUGGUGUCUAGCUGUUCCAAGGUUUUCUAUAAUCCCUGGUCUUUAGGGGUUUAGGAUGGAUUUUCAAGGCACGGAACCAAUGACUCUGGGUUCCCCGACAUCACCCAAGCCCGGACCGAGUGCCCAGUUUCUCCCCGGGUUUUUGAUGGGGGAUCUGCCAGCACCUAUCACACCCCAGCCUCGGUCAUUCGGAGUCAUGGAUAUGAGGUCACCACUUCAAAUAGGUGGCUCUCCCCCUCAACCUGUGGUUCCGACACCCAAAGACAAGAGUGGGGCCCCUCCAGUCAGGAGUAUCUAUGAUGACCUGUCCUGUCCUGCCAUCGGGAUGUCCCCUAUGGGUGCACAUAAACAGCCCUUCUCAAUGAUGCACACCCCACUGUCUGGCUAUAUGGCAGUUACACCAGGAACAGCGUCCAGUCUAUUUAGUCCUGCUACCAUCGGGCAGCAAGCGAAGUCAACAAUGUCUCCAGCCCAAGUAGACCCUUUCUUCACUCAGGGAGAUGCACUGUCUUCUGAAGACCAUCUAGAUGAUACUUGGAUCACUGUAUUUGGGUUCCCUCCUGCCUCCGCGUCUUAUAUUCUGUUGCAGUUCGCCCAGUAUGGAAACAUAACGAAACACGUGAUGUCCAACACUGGUAACUGGAUGCACAUUCAAUAUCAGUCUAGACUCCAAGCAAGAAAAGCUCUAAGUAAAGAUGGGAAGAUUUUUGGCGAAGCUAUAAUGAUUGGUGUUAAAUCAUGCAUCGAUAAGAAUGUGAUGGAGAGCUCAGACCGAGGCUCUACCUCCUCUGGCUCAGUAUUUACUCCUCCUGUCAGAAAUGCAACCCCCAGCCACCAUGUCUCUACACCUCGCUCCUCAAUGAGGCCCCUCAGUGCAGCCUACAAGGCCUCCAGCAGUGACUACCAGGUGUUGGCAGACGAACAGACCCCGAGGAAAGACGACGGUUUGGUUUCUAAAGCGAUGGAGUACAUGUUCGGCUGGUGAGACGGUCUCCUCCGAUUGGCCGAGCGCUUUUUUUAUAUUAUAAAAACGGAAUAAACCGAGAAGCAGCCUUCUGUCAUCGCCGUGUUAUGGAGUCAAGUGGAGUUGUUUCCUAAAUGGUACCCUAAUACCCCAAUUGACCCUGGUCAAAAGUAGUGCACUACAUAGGGAAUAGGGAACACUACAUAGGGAAUAGGGUACCAUUUGGGAAUCAUCCAGUGUGUUAGUGAUUUGGGGGAACCAAGCCAAUGUGGAUUUCCUCAACCCUGCGACGACUAUCCAUUAUGUGGUGAUUUGAGUGGAUGGGAUUUUGACCAGCCGAAUACUGGAUAUUGUAUGUUAACAUUGAAUGAAGUGUUUUUUUUUAAAUUUAUUUUGUGCAGAUGUCAUGUUGCUGACCUGACAAACGCAGACCUACACGUUUUCUUUAGUUACAAAGUCUUAUUUGCUAAUUCUCCUCUCGAGGAGAAUUUUUAAAUGCUCUUUCAUAUGAGUUGAUGUCAAAUGAAUCACACGUAAUCAAGAAAUGGUUAUUUCCCCAAAUGUCCCUAUUUCCAAUGUAGUGUACUACUUUUGACCAGUGUCCAUAAGGGCCUGUAGGGAAUAGGGGUGCCAUUUUGGAUGCUCACACGGCCUGUCUACAGUAUCUUAAACUAAGUGCUGUUUUGAAAGUUGGAAGUCAAGGUUGCACAUCAGUAUCCUCUGUUUGUGAGUGAGAUCGUGCAUGUUUCUUUUUGUGAGUGGUUCAUUAGUAAACAACGGUAAAUAUAACAGGAUCAGAGUUAAGAAUUGUGAUUUAUAAGAAAUGCCUUUUUGUGUGCUGUCAAACAUUUAGUGUUUUUUUUUUUUUUUUAAGAUCUCACAAAACUGUCGGUGUACCAAAUGUCUUAUAUCCAUUUAAAACUAUUUGUCUGUUUCGGCUGUCUACUGUUUCGGUUGUCUACUGUUUCGGCUGUCUACUGUUUCGGCUGUCUACUGUUUCGGCUGUCUACUGUUUCGGCUGUCUACUGUUUCGGCUGUCUCCUAUGUCACCUGUCUCCUAUGUCUCCUAUGUCACCUGUCUCCUAUGUCACCUGUCUCUGCUCUCUACUGUGUCUGCUGUUUUUACUGUCUCUGUCACUUAAUUACUAUUUUUGUCAAAUAAAUGUCACAUCAUUUGAAUACCA